GCCCCGCGGUGGGCGGGGCGCUGGGCGGCUGGGAAGGCGCCGCAAGGAGAAGCGAAGUAGCGACGGCGGCGCUCGGGGAUCGCUGGGAGCGGGACCCGCCGGCUGCGCGGCCCUGGCGCCCCGGGGAAGGAUGAAGGUGUGCCGCCCCCUGCUAAUUACUUUAUGGCUGUCCUUGGCCACCCUCGGCAGCAGCUCAGAGUGUUGUGAUGACUGGGGAGUGGACACCAUGAAACUAAUCCAGGUCUACGACGGGGAACCAGCUAGGAUCAAAUGCCCGCUCUUUGAGGCCUUCUUAAAAUACAACUACACUACAGCCCAUUCGGCUGGCUUAACCCUGAUCUGGUACUGGAUUGGGCAGGACCGGGACCAGGAGGAGCUAAUCAACUUCCGUCUCCCAGACAAUCGGAUCAGUAAGGAAAAAGACACCCUUUGGUUCCGGCCUGCCCUUCUCAACGACACUGGGAAUUAUACCUGCAUGCUCAGAAACACAACAAGCAAGGUCGUGUUUCCCCUGGAGGUUGUUCAGAAAGACCAAACUUCUUGCAUCAGCCAAUCAAUAAAACCUACUGAAGAGCUGUUCUAUUUGGAGCAUACUAAUGAGAAGAUCAUUUGUCCAGAUAUUGAUGGCUUUUAUCCUCCCAGCGUAAUGCCAACAGUCAACUGGUACAGGAACUGUGUGUUGGUGAAAGGCUUCCACGACCGAUAUCCCGAGGGCCCAACGCUCAUCAUUGGCAUUGUCCGCAGUGUGUACAAAGGGAACUACACCUGCAUUGUGAGCUACAAGGAGAAUGGAAGGACCUACAACCUCACCAGAACCAUAAGGAUGAAAGUAGUAGGGUCUCCAGCCAAGGCAAUGCCACCGCAGUUUAGCUCUCCAAAUGAGAAAAUAAUAUACGAACUCGAAGCAGGUGCUGAGCUUGUUCUGCCCUGCGAAGUCUACUUCACCUUUCUGAAGGACUCGCAAACGGAGGUCUGGUGGACUGUUGAUGGAAAAAAUACAGACAAUAUCACAGACCUGAAAAUAAAAGUCUCCGAAAGUGUCUCUACUGCCGAACUUGGACACAAGCACAUCACAAGGACUCUGACCAUUUCCAAGGUCACACCCAAGGACUUGAAGCGCAACUACACCUGUCAUGCCAGAAACACCAGAGGAGAGGUUCACCAGGUGGCCAUGGUGAGAAUGAAAGUUCUAGUUCCAAGAUACACCGUGGAAUUGGCCUGUGGACUAGGAGCCACUGUCUUGCUGGUGGUGAUCCUGAUCGUUGUCUACCACGUUUAUUGGCUCGAAAUGGUUCUCUUCUACCGGGCUCGCUUUGGAACGGACGAAGCCAUUCUUGACGGUAAGGAGUAUGACAUUUACGUGUCCUAUGCCCGGAAUGCCGAGGAGGAGGAGUUUGUGCUGCUGACCCUGCGCGGAGUCCUGGAGAACGAGUUUGGAUACAAGCUGUGUAUCUUCGACAGAGACAGCCUCCCCGGGGGAAUUGUCACAGACGAAACUCUGAGCUUCAUCCAGAAAAGCCGCCGUCUGCUUGUUGUGCUGAGCCCCAACUACGUCCUCCAGGGCACACAAGCCCUUCUGGAGCUCAAAGCCGGUCUGGAGAACAUGGCCUCUCAGGGCAGCAUCAGAGUCAUCCUGAUCCAGUACAAAGCCAUCAAGAAGAGCAAGGUGAAGGAGCUGAAGCGGGCCAAGACUGCGCUCACUGUCAUUAAGUGGAAAGGCGAGAAGUCCAAGUACCCACGGGGCAGGUUCUGGAAGCAGCUGCAGGUGGAGAUGCCAGUGAAGAAGAAGACCAGGCGCGCUAGCAUCAAUGAGCAGGAGCUUUCCGAUUCCUUCCUGCAAGAUGUGUGAUAGAGAAGGGGAUAGCAAGGCUGGGGAGGGGACAAGAACAUGUCCCCUGAGGGUUUACAGUGAAGGAUUCCAUCUUGAGCAUUUCAGAACGGCACCUCCCUAUGGCGUUUUAAACUGCCCUGGUCAGAGAAGAGCUCACUGGCCACUGUUUCAAACGUGCCCCCUUUUAUUUAGCUGGACAAGACCCAGUCAGCAUUACAUCCACUCUCAGGGUCUAAAUAUUUGCCAUCCAGGAAGGGCGCAAGCAUCCUUUGGAGAAAGGGAGGCGUUUGCACGGGUCAGCGUUCUCACUCUUGGGAUCUGAUCUGAGCCCUGCCCCGGUAUUCUGGGACCUUGAUCCCCCUUUGUCUCUCCUUAAGACCUUUCAUCCCUUCUGGUUAGUGUCUCGUGGCGGUAGUGACCCCAGCAUGGAAGCACUGGGCCAGUUUGAACAAAGUCACUAGGCGAGCUGUUAUGCUUUCAGUAAGGAUCCUUGGAGAUGGGAGUGGCCAAGUUGCUCAUUCAGACACUCCUGAUUUCUGCUUCAGGAUGGGACGUACACUACAACACAUGCUCACACCUAGCACUCAGCUGGCUCGUACCAUUCCCGGAUGUGUUCCCAUGGGAAUGAUUCCCUUCAGGGACUUUACAAAUGUGAAGCAAUUGUCACAGAAAUGUAUUUAUGUUUUGUUUUGACGGUACUCCUUGGUGGUAUUUGUUUUACAGCCCUUCUGGCAAAAGCUGGCCCAGCUCAGAAACCCUUGGCAGUCUUCUGAGUUUCCAAACCCCUGUGGUGCCCAAUCCUCGGAAUCGAGGGGAGUUUCUCCAUUAAUACAGUGCCGCAGAUCCUGCCUUCACAUGUGCAUGUGACCCUUAUUUGUGGAACAAGCUCAGGGACUUCACAAGGGUUGCAAACGUCUCUGCUUUGGUGCUGAAGAGCAGCGUCCCUGUUCAACCUAUGCCGCUGGCCAUUGGCAAACACUGUGGAAGGAGUUAAAGGAGGCAUUUUGUUUCAAAACCAAAACCCAAACCACCUCUCUCCAAGUUCUGCCCACAUCUUCAUGCACUUGGUAUGUGAGUCAACCAGCACAUCUGAUGCUGCCAGGCAUGCUUGGGGGGGCACUUCAGAGAGCUAACAUUCCACUGGGAUGGCCGCACUUAGGGUGACCUGAUGUCCCGAUUUUAUAGGGACAGUCCCGAUGUUGAGGAAUUUUUCCUAUAUAGGCACCUCUUACCCCCCACCCCCGUCCCGAUUUUUCACACUUGCCCUCCAGUCACCCUAUCCGCACUUAAUGCUCUCCCAGCUCAAAGUGCAGCAACAACAAAAGGUUAAGUGGGCAACAUUGCUUGUAUUUCACACUAUAGAACAGGCAGACCUCAGCAGCUCUUGUGGAGACACAUGGGACUGAGUCUGCACAUACUUUCCAGAGUUUCAGGGAAGUUUGAACACUCCCUGCACAGAUAUUUAAGGAGUAUCCAGCAAUAAAGAGUUUUUAUUUAUUCUCUUACUUGUCCUGAUUUGUGGUUUUGUAGAUAUACACUUUUUAAAACAACAGUUAUGGAAGUGUAUUUGCCAACCUAUAUAUUGUUUCUGAAUUCCCACUCUCUGAAGUGAGAAGCACCCAGGACACUAGCUGGGCUGGAUGUGCAAGAAGCAGUGCGAUGCACGAGUGGAGCGGUUUUGGGCCACUAGCACAUGUCUGACGGGUCCUGACAAGCGUCUUUCCUGGUCUUAAUAGUGCCCAUCAGUGCUGGGCCCCAGUGCAUCAGUCCUGCCUACUUUCCAGCUGUUCUUUCAAUGCUCUCACUCUGCUCCCUCCUGUUGGCGUCAGUGGUAAAGCCCCUUCUGUCAUCAGUGGCAGCAGGGUUAGGCCGGGUGCUUUUGAAAAUUCCACUCUGGGCUGCUUUACCCUGGAUUAGACAGGAGGCACCGGCACUGGCCAGAACAGGCAAGGGCUUGGUGUGCUAAACCACUGCGCUGGAGUGUAAGCUUGCUGGGGCAGGCGUCUGUCUUAUUACAGAGCCCAGCAUAAUGGGCCUGGCUCUGGCUGGAGCUUUGAGAUUCUGCUGUGAUAGAAAUGUUUACUAAUGAUUAGUAUUAGAGGGUUCAGUUCUCAGGGCAGGUCAGCUCUGCCCUGCUUUCCUAGGGGAGGAGGAUUGGUUUUUCCAUGUGUCUUUAGAAUUGUUAAUCGUUUACUAUUGUCCUAAAAUUCUCUUUCUCCCUUGAGGCACCUAGAUGUCUUGGUACAUGGGGGCAUUUUUGCUUUAUUCUAGAAUUGAGUCUUACUCCUGGCAAAUGCAUGUAUAUUGUUUGUGGCUAAGAGUGUAACUCUUGGUUGACCUGUAACUCACCCUGUCACCCGAGUAGUGUCAGGCUAUCCAGAGCUGCUCACAAGCUCAGGGCAAAUUGUGAAGAAACAGGGCCCAAACACCAAACUGGUUGUGAGUCCUAUACCUAGAUUUCACUAACCAAGUAUCUAGUGUGAACUCAAGCAUCGUGACCGCCUUAACAUGGAAUCACAAACAGUCCCCUUAGCAAUCCGAUCUAUCUUGCCACCUAGGUAAGCUUGUCCUUGUGGUAAAUGGUCCCUUACCCCCCGCAAAAUCACAAUAAUAUUCAGGUUACUCCUAGUCCCAAACAUCCAGUCACUGACCCCAGGUCAGUUUCACCCUAGUAUCUCACCAAAGCCAACACUUGUAGCCAAUCCUAUAAUAAACAAGAUUUAUUAAGAAAAGAAACGAGAGCUAUUUACAAGGUUAAAGCAGGUAAGAUACAAACACAAAUGGGUUACAGUCUUAGGUUACAAAGGAGUAAUAGAAGGUGCCGUAAUAUGCAAGCUCUAUGUCCUUUAGGACUAACCCAGGCUAAACCCUGAGGAACUUUGUUAAGCUUAGAAAUCUUUGCCCCUAAGAGUUUAAGCAGCACAGAGCUUGAGGUUCUUCUUGCUGGACAUUUUUAUUCCCUUCCUCCCUGAGUUCAAACUGAUGGGAUGAAUUUACAUGCAGGUCUCCUCUUCUGAUAGGGUGGGGAAGGGGAUGAAUGCAAUUAAUAACCACUUUGUUCUUUAAUGUUUCACAAUGGCUCAUUUCGGUUCAAUGGACCUUCUUGCAGAGCAGGGAAGGGCCUAACCCCUUCUGCAGGAAGCCAGCAUUUUACAUGAGUUAAUGCUUCUUUCCUGUUUGAUGAGUUACACAGCUACAGAGGUCUACAAUGCAAACACUUAAUGUUACCUUAUAACCUGGGCUAUAGAUGUUAAGCGAGAUUAAUACAUGAAGCAUUCUACAAGUAUUUCAUAAAGUCUAAACACAUUUUUACAUAUUCAAUACCUAUUUCAAUGCUACUACCCCACAGCUGAGCCAGACGGGUUUCUGGCUCUGCAUUCGUUAGGUUUGAGUUGGGCCCUAGGGCCCUUGGCAUGAGCUGGCACAUGAUCUGCCAGCGUCACAGUCCCUGUGAUGCCCAUUGGUGAGACUGGGACGCACAUUGUGGAGCCAUUGUUAAAAACAAACAGCUGGAAUCUGUGCACUGUCCAUCCAACUGGACAGGAAUAGUUGUGCUGUGCUGGAGAGACAGCCAAGGAGCCCAGCUGUAAAACGUCCUGGCUUAGGUCCCAAUCCGGCAAAGCCUUUACCCACAUACUUAGUUUUAAGUAAAUGAAUAGUCCUGGUGACUCCAAGUCCCAAGUGGCUUCCUGGAAGUCAAACAGAACUGCUCAUUUGCUUAAGAUAAAGCAUGUAUUUUGCUUUUCUGGGGCCCGUAAUCCACCGCUGGCUCUGCCGUGUGGUUUCCUGGCGCCAUAAACUCAGUCUCCGUGUUUUCACUUGUGAUAUAAUCAGCACCUCACAGUUUAUAAAACUGUGUAAAGCCAGGAUUAACCUGUAAAGUGCAUCGUUUUGUCCCAUUUCUUCCUGCUGGGACUUUGGAAUCUCUUCACAUUAAGCAUCUCCUUGCGAUAAACGCAGCCAGAGUUACCGUCAAGCAGCUGUGACAUCUGAAUGCAGGAUGGAAGGCCCCACAUCACACUCCAACCACUUUUUGUUGCAUUCUAAGUUGAUUUAAAAAACGGCCUGCAUGCAUGGAAUCUGAAUGUCCUCACAUCUCCCAGCCAUUAGCAUCUUGCAUCUCACUGCUGGCUCAGGUACUGAGAGACCCUUCGUUACUAGGUUAGUAGAGAUUUAUUUUAGGACAGAAAAUCCCUGUGUUUAAUUUUACUUGUUUGAUUUAAAAUGUUUUAAAAAAAAAAUGGACCAGACCCUCCGAUAGUGUAAGUCAGCGUAACUCCAGCAGCAUCAAUGAUUCAGGAUGCUUGUGCCCAUUCCCCGACAGGAUUACCAAGAAGCAGGCAAUCUCCAUCAAUUCAAUGAAGGAUAAAAGCAUGCAAGUUACCACUGACUGCAAUGGGAGCUGUUAGACCAUUGUUCGGCUUUUUGAAUGUCCCAUGCAUAGGGCAGAUGCUGGGGCCUGUCCCAAAUAAGCCUAUCCACUUAUUUAUGAAUGGCAUUUGAUUCCCAGUGCAGGAUUUUAGCACAGCUUGUACCUUUAAUUUGGUGCGUUCAUCUGAUUCUGUGCUGUAACUUUACAUUAGUCAACAGAUAGCUAAAUGUAAAGUCCUUCAUUUUAUCUCACUGUGGAGGAGGACUGGCUUUGCACACAUUGGAAUGGACUUUGCUUUCCAUUUCAUUUUCUGUUUUAAGGCCUUCUUCCAUUCUACGUUUUCUCACUUUUGUGAUGUGUCAGUGUUGUUGGGUUUUAUAUACGUAUUUUUAAUUUUAAAUAAAAUGUUUAUUUUCA